AACAUACCAACUCUGCAAUCUUAUCGUUUCAUUUUUAAGACAUAUAUAAGCAGUACAUUCUUAAAGCGAUUAUUAUUGUCUUGCUCUAGUUAAACUCAAGUGAGAACGAGCUUCAAGUUUUGGAAGAACGUACGAGAGUUAUCAAAAUGAGGAACUUCAUCAUCAUCAUUGCGGUUCUCACUGCUUUGGUAGCCUGCUAUGGCGAUGCUAUAACCGAAAGUUUGGAGGAAAUGUCCUUAGUAUAUGAUGAGGAGGAUACAUCAAUGAAUGGAAGGCUCCUGUCCAGUGCGGACGUGGAUUCCAGAAACACAACUUGGGUAGUUAUAUCUGAAUGGCAAUUGUCCGCACCAGCAGUCGCAGGGCAGGUACAGCGUGUUGGCGUGAUGUAUGAGGGCGCAGCCAAUGUUACGAUAAACAGACUGACGGUAACAUACACGGAGACUCCCGCAGCAGUAGACCGUAGUCCCCUAUCAACCAAUGUGAUGAAUGUGAUGAUCAGAUCCCAUGCUGGCCAGCAAGUUAACGCAACUGUUACGAUACUCCGGAGAGCGUGAUAGAUAGAAACUUGUUCAUAAGCUUAGCCUUCCACCUCCGCAAUUUGUAUCCCCCUUAGUAUAAUAUUGUUAUUAGCAAAUAACAUUAAAUAAACAUAGUAGCAGCGUGACAAUCGCCGCGUCGUUUGUCGCGGAAUGCUGCUCAUGAAUACGAGCCUCUAGCAUGGCUUGAAACUAGUCGAGUUCCUCGUCAAACAGUUACGUGAGUAAGCCGAUAACAUAAUAAUUAAUUAAAUAAACUUAUUUAUUUUAAUAAA